ACACACUGUUUUCCCAGUGCCCCGGCGGCCAGAUCUCCUCAUGCCACUCGUGCUCUUGCGCGACGCCUCCCCGUCCCGACUCCAGAGGACCAGGUUCUCCUGGAAGCAGAUGCGCGGCGCGGUUCACCCGCCGAGCCGGACGUCGUCGUCGCCUCCGAGGAGAUCAGCUCUGAUCACCUCCGUCCCGGCGGUUCUUGCUCUGGCCUUCCUCCUGAUCCUUGCCGCCGGCGUAUUCCUCUACUCCGGCACCACCACCACGCCGUCCCGGGCCGUCACCUCCGCUGGCCGCGUAAACGAAGCACGUGGCGGGGGCCAUGCUCUGCUGUCCCCGACGGUGGGGUCCAUAGGUGGUGCGCGCGCCAUCUGGGAGCUCCCCGCGGCGCCGGCCAGGGCGGUCCUCUUCGUCGCCCACGGGUGCCACUGCCGCCCGGAGAACUUCUGGCCGCCGUCCCCGCGCUGCCCCGGGUGCGUCGGCCUGCCGGAGGACGUCGCCAUCACGGAACGCGCGCUACGGAGGCGGUUCGCGGUGCUGGCCCUGGCGAGCGCGAGGGAGUGCUGGUCGAUGGGGAAGGAGGUGAGCGCCGCGAAACGUGGGAUCCGGUCCUGGGCCACCGAGAACGGCCUCGCGGACCUUCCGGUGGCCGCCCUCGGCGCGUCCUCCGGCGGGUACUUCGUCUCCAGGCUCGCGGCCGAGAUGAAGCUCGCCGCCGUCGUGCUUAUGAUCGCCGAGGGCUCCUUCGGGCCGGGCGGCGCGCCGGCCGGAUACCCUCCCGCCAUGUUCCUCCACAUGCCAAAGGACCAGCGGAGGGCGGCAUUGGUGGAGAGGAAUUCCAAGAUGCUGCGGAGCAAUGGCGUUGAGGUGAAUGAGCUCCGGAGCCUGGAGCUCCCUCUAACCCCGACGAUGCUGUCCGACAGGAUCCCGGGGCUGAACCGGGGAUUGUCCGAGAGGAUCUGGAGGGUGUUCACGGAGGAUGGAUUCGUCGAUGAGAGAGGGUUCAUGAGGAAGGAUGGCCGCGCAACGCCAUGGAAGGAUGCAGUGGUGAAGAGGGGAUUCUGGGAGGAGGUGGCUGGGUGGGCUGAUCACAUCCAGGAAGAGCUUAAUCUUGCAUAUGGAUACCAUGAGAUGACGAGCUUGCACACUGAUGAAAUGUUCGAUUGGAUUGAGGAGCACCUGAGCUGAGGUUUAUGGUUGAUUACUCCUAACCCUUUCGUGAUUCUCUAACUAAAUAUGAAAACUGUACUAAUUGGAGGAUCCGAGAAGAUGCUGCAAUCUUCAGCUUGAGGAAUUUCUGUAAAAUGAAUUAGGAGAGAAAAGGUGGGACGAUAUUGUUUGUGAAAAAUAGACUUGAUGUUAACUGCUGUAUAUUUCUUUCGGUUGGCUCUUCUGCAAAUGGACUAUAAGAAGCAUAAACACAGACACGGAGGUACUGUAGUUUAGUAAGGUUUUGCUCUGAUCUGUAAUGGAGUAGUAUAGUAUCAGUUCUAUGUGUAUCUAGAUAAAUCUUUUGAUGAAUAUUGUUGCAUUCUUGUCUCUGAACAGUCGCACUUUGGUGCUGAAGCCACGGUUUAAUUGCUAGAUAGCAGAUGAAAUAGAAAGAGAAUUGUUAUUUUCAACA